CAGUUGACGGCAUUUGAAUCUCAGUUGCAAUCCGUUCAGAAUCAGUUAACAUCCAAAGAUACCCUUAUCAACUGUUUAUCUGAGAGGAUAGAUCACUUGGAGAAGGGAAGCACAGACGGCACCUUAAUAUGGAAGAUUGGGAAUUUCAAAGAUCUUCGUAGGCAAGCAGUAUCUGAACAGACAAGAAGUAUCAGCUCUCCCCUCUUCUAUACCGAUAAAACUGGUUACAAGUUAUCAGUACGUUUAUAUUUAAACGGAGACAGCAUAGGAAAGGGAACACAUGUCUCUAUAUUCCUGGUCAUAAUGCGAGGCAUGUAUGAUGCUUUGCUCGUCUGGCCGUUCAAACAUCAAAUACUUUUUGAACUGCUAGACCAGUCUGGUUCAAGAAAACACAUUAAAGAUUCCUUUACUCCCGAUCCCUCCAACAGUUCUUUCCACAGACCAACCAGCGAUUCUAAUAAAGCAACUGGGUUCCCAAUGUUUUGUCCAGCAAAACUGCUCGAUGGUCCCAAUGAUUACGUUAAAGAUGAUGUGAUUUUUAUUAGAACUGCCGUCAGUCUUGAAGAUGAUUCGAAUAAAAAUUAUUAG